GGUGCAUCUCGUGGGAGCCCGUCUGUUUGCUCAUGUUCAGCCCAUGUGCACCGUCUCGUACACUUUUGUCUUGCUCUGCUCGCCGCGCUCUGGAUGCCGCCUGCUGACCAUUGGAGUCGAGUGAUCGGUGAUUGGGCGCUUGCAUGCGAGAGACAAACGUGCUCGGACGCGUGUUUCACAGCCACCGUAACAUGGCCCCGCCACUCGUUCACAUUCAUUUUUCAAAGCUAUCUUUUGUGAUUUGACGACACGGCUGUUCGCGACUGCAGGCUCAGCCGCACUUGUGUUUUCUAUAUCCACAUGAGUCUUUGUCUCUGCCGUUCGCUCUGACAACACCCGACUGCUCGCAUGUUCCUCCCGAAGCGAAUCUCCCCUGGUUCCUUGCUUCUCCCUGGCGAGCUGUCAACAAACGUAGAUGUCCAUUAUUCCCGGAAUUUUGAGAAGCCCGAGCUAUUCAACGGCCGCCCGGGCUCGUAUAAAGGCCCAAUCCUCCCCCCUCCCAAUGGCGUGGACGCAGCAAGCUAUCCCAGCUCGACCCCGCGAUCGUGCAAGAUGGCCACUCUCUUUUUAAUCUUGCUCGUCUUCUGCACGUAUAUGACUCUCGUUGCAUCGCGACCAGGCUUCGGCGAAAAGAUCGGACUGCGCAUGCGCGUGGUCGCGGCUGCUGGUGUCUUUGGGAACGGGAGCAAGAGCUGGGCGCAGUACACCCCAUACUACGCUGUUGAGGCGUACGCAGCGCCGCCUGAUGAGUGCGAGAUCACACAGGUCAACAUCCUUCAACGCCACGGCGCACGUUAUCCCACAAAAUCCUCCACCAAGGCUAUCGAGACAGCACUCGCCAAGGUACAAGCGAUCCCAGUCUCUGAUUAUACAGAUCCCCAGCUUGAAUUCAUCGCCGACUUUGAUUACGAUCUUGGCGAGGACGACCUGGUCGCAUAUGGGGCGCAGGAGUCGUAUGAUGCGGGUGAGGAGGCAUUCACACGGUAUGUGGCUCUUGUGAGCGCGGAUGAGUUGCCUUUUGUGCGAGCAUCGAGCAAGAGCCGUGUGGUGCAAUCCGCGACGAACUGGACUGCUGGGUUCGCUGCGGCGAGUAAUGGCGUCUACGCGCCUCUGCUGAACGUUAUCAUCUCUGAGAGCGGCAACGACACACUAGACGACUCGGACUGUCCUGCCGCGGCAGACACCUCCGACGACGCGCAGACAGCUGCAUGGAUCGCGACGUACGCGCCGAACAUCACCACGAUCCUCAACGCCGGCGCACCCGGUGCAGAUCUGGACGACGACGACACCCAGGCGUUGAUCUCGCUUUGCCCGUUCGAGAGUGUGGCGAAUGAGCAGCGGAGCGAGUGGUGUGAUCUUUUUGAGUGGGUGGGCGACCAGAUUAUCGGGCAGGGUGGGGAGAGCGUGUGGGCUGGGUACGAGUAUUGGGGUGAUCUCGACAAAUAUUACAAUACCGGAUACGGGGCCACGCUCGGACCCGUGCAAGGCGUCGGCUGGAUCAACGAGCUGCUCGCACGGCUGACCGACACACCCGUGAACGACAGCACGUCGACAAACACCACGCUCGACAGCAACCCGGCCACCUUCCCCCUCAACCGCACGAUCUACGCCGACUUUACGCACGACAACCUCAUGAUCGCCGUCUACUCCGCCAUGGGCCUCUUCGCGCAGCCCGCCCCGCUGGACGACACCCUCCCGGACCCGACGCGCACGUGGCGAGCGAGCGAGCUCGUCCCGUUUGCGUCAAGGAUGGUCGUGGAGCGCUUGAGCUGUGGUGGGGAGGCGUAUGUGCGCGUGUUGGUGAAUCAGGCGGUGCAGGAUUUGAGCUUUUGUGGGGCGGAUGGAGAUGGGCUGUGUACGCUGGAUGCGUUUGUGGAGAGCCAGGCGUAUGCGAGUAGUGGUGGGGAUGGACAGUGGGCGUUGUGUUUUGAGUGAAGAAGUGGGUUUUGGGUGGGCUGGCAAAAUGGGGAUACCCAGGGACUCUACAUAGGAAAGGAAGGAUGUACAAGUAUCGUUGUAGCUGUAGAUUAUGUGACAUGCAGGCGCAAGGGCUAUAGAGGCAUUGUCAUACGUCGAG